ACCAAUGGGCGCUCGCGAGGGGCGGGGGCAGCGAAGGAGACACUAUUGUUGAUGAGGAGGAGCAGCGGCGGCGACGGCUGCACCACCUCGUUGCUGCCGGCCGCGGCCCGGGCGCCCCCAGCACCCCAGACUCCGGCUUCGUCACCCCGUCGCGGAGGCCUUCCCUCCAGCCUCGAGAAUCCUCCCCCUGCCUUCUAACAACAAAACCACCCCACGUCUCGCCCAGUCACCGGGGAGGGGGGACCAUGUCCCAGCGGGUGAGGCGCAAUGGGUCCCCCACGCCGGCCGGCUCCCUCGGGGGCAGUGCGGUCGCCACGGCUGGGGGAUCCGGGAGCCGCCUGCAGCCCAUGAGGGCGACGGUUCCGUUCCAGCUGAAGCAGCAGCAGCAACAUGGCAGCCCCACGCGGAGCAACGGCGGCGGCGGCGGCGGCAACAACAACGGCGGCUGCUGUGGUGGCGCCUCAGGCCCCUCGGGCGGCGGCGGCAGCGGCGGGGCCCCGCGCACCGCCUCGCGCAGCACUAGCCCCACGCGGGGCGGCGGGAGUGCGGCCGCGCGCACCAGCCCCACGGUGGCCACGCAGACGGGCGCGUCCGCGACGUCCACGCGAGGCACUAGCCCCACGCGCGCCGCCGCGCCCGGGGCCCGCGGAAGCCCCCCACGGCCGCAGCCGCCGCCGCCGCUACUGGGUACCGUGUCGUCGCCCUGCUCGUCGCCCACCCACCUGUGGACUGGAGAGGUGAGCGCGGCCCCACCCCCAGCCCGCGUCCGGCACCGGAGGAGGUCCCCGGAGCACAGCCGAAGCUCCCCGGAGAGGAGGAGCCCGAGCGCCCCGGUUUGCAAAGCAGGGGACAAAACGAGACCACCUUCCUCCAGCCCCUCUAGCAUCAUCCGCCGUACCUCCUCCCUGGAUACACUCGCUGCUCCAUACCUAGCAGGGCACUGGCCUCGUGAUGGUCAUGGGCAAGCUGCUCCUUGCAUGAGGGACAAGGCCACACAGACAGAGAGUGCAUGGGCUGAAGAAUACUCUGAAAAGAAGAAAGGGUCUCACAAACGUUCAGCAUCGUGGGGCAGCACAGAUCAGCUUAAGGAGAUUGCAAAAUUACGCCAGCAAUUGCAGAGAAGUAAACACAGCAGUCGGCAUCAUCGAGAUAAAGAAAGACAGUCUCCAUUCCAUGGCAACCACGCAGCUAUUAACCAGAGUCAGGCUCCUGUUCCAAAGAGUGCACUUAUUCCAGUAAUUCCCAUCACCAAAUCAACAGGCUCCCGGUUCCGGAAUAGUGUGGAAGGACUGAAUCAGGAGAUUGAAAUAAUAAUUAAAGAGACUGGGGAAAAGGAAGAGCAACUUAUACCCCAAGACAUUCCCGACGGCCACCGUGCGCCUCCGCCCCUUGCGCAGAGGAGCAGCAGCACACGCAGCACCGACACGCAGACGCCCGGCGGGGCCGAGCGGGGGAGCAACGACAGCAGCCGCUCCCAGUCCGUGUCCCCCACAGCCUUCCUCACCAUCUCCAACGAGGGCGGCGAGGAGAGCCCGUGCUCGGCUGAUGACCUGCUUGUCGACCCCAGGGAUAAAGAGAAUGGGAACAACUCUCCUUUGCCCAAAUAUGCAACCUCACCAAAACCUAACAACAGUUACAUGUUCAAAAGGGAACCUCCUGAGGGCUGUGAGAGGGUCAAAGUCUUUGAGGAAUGCUCGCCAAAACAACUUCACGAAAUCCCGGCCUUUUACUGUCCUGACAAAAACAAGGUGAAUUUCAUUCCUAAGAGCGGCUCUGCUUUCUGCCUCGUCAGCAUCCUGAAGCCACUCCUCCCCACACCAGAUCUUACCCUCAAGGGCUCUGGCCAUAGCCUGACCGUCACCACUGGCAUGACCACCACUCUGCUGCAGCCCAUCGCUGUGGCCUCCCUGUCUACAAACACAGAGCAAGAUCGAGUCUCUCGAGGAACGAGUACAGUCCUGCCCCCGGCCUCUCUCCUCCCCACGCCAGAACCCAUUGAGGAAGCAGAAGGAUAGGUCCCAGUGCUGCGAGGCUGUAGUUCUGGGCAACUGAGAACCUCCUCGACCCCUUGGCAGCGAUGGCAUCGUGGCUCCUGGUUGGCUGUGACGUGCCCCAGCUCUUCCACACUGAUGCGGCGUGGCGUGGCUGCUGGAAGGGAGCGGCCCCUCUGGAGGCCGGCCCUCAGCGCCGAGCCUGCUUUUGCUUAAAGCACCGGUUGAAACAAGAAAAAGGUAUCAUUCUUUCCUUUUGAAGGGCCAAUAUCACGUUUUUUGUUCUCAAAUUAGACUUUUUUGAAAAAAAAAAAAAAAAAAAAACAGAAACAAAAACAAAAAACUGAUCCCUGCAAACAUGAUUCCUGAAGGGAGACGUGAAUGAUGCUGCAAGAACCAUCUUUUCUAUGAAAAUGACUAUUUUAUACCAAUGUUACAUUUUCUGGAAACGUAGCAAACAGGAUGUUCUUUGGUGGCCUCUGUUUCUUGUUUCCCUUUCUAGAUGUGUGCUUUUCUCAGCUGUUUUCAGCUUUGGGACCAAAGGGAUUGUUGACAUUUUCCUAGCAAUCUUAAUCUCAUGACUGUGUUCUUCUCCCAAACAAGAAUUGAUAGGUUAAUAAUACCUUGAACCAAGUAUAUAUAUAAAAAAGAUAAAAAGCAAUAUGAGUACAUUAUGUGACUUAUGUUUUCUGAUGUCAGAAGUUUGUGCUUUGGGUGAAAUAUUUGUAAAACUGCUGUUUUCUUCACUACUCCUGUACACGUUUCACCACGUUGUCAGAAAAAUUAUAAUCUGGAGACAAGUGCUUUAAUAUGUUCUCACCCAUCACUGGAACUUGGUUUAAAAGUCAGUGAGCCAAAAGGAAACUUUACUGCCCAGUGUCGACUGCUAGCUAGGAGUAAGGAGCCCCUUGGAUUUUCUGCGCAGUAUUUAUCACAGGAAUGCCCUUCUGUCCCGCGGGUGUCAUUCUGCCUUUAACCGUCACUGUAUCAUAGCCCCAAGAGAUCCUGAAAAUGGCUGUGCAUGGAUUUCCUCCUCUGCUUUUGUGAUGUUGUCGUCUUGUGGAUUUGGUCUGGGUUAGUAGUUUGCCAGGAGUGUGAUCCAUUGAAUAGCAACCCUUAGUCACAGAAUCUUGAGACUGACGUUUCCUUUGUGGUGGCUGGCACUGAGAUAUGUUGCCUACAGAUUUUGCUAGUUUUUGCUCCAACAUUCCACACAGAGGGGGAAAAACAGGCCAGAAGGGCUCUGGAGCAUAAACAGCAGGCGCCUUUGAAGAAUUUGGGAUUUAGGCCGAUCUUAACACAAGCACUGCCGGAAUCGCAUGAGAGCAGACUUCGUGUCUGGACAUGUGGUAUCAGGAGCAGCGCUGCUUAAAAAGUCACAACAUUGCUGAUAGAAAGCAUCCUUCUAAGAUCUUCAUGAACUACCUUACGAUGCAAUAAUUUAAUGUUCCUAUACACAUUAUAGGAGGAGAACAUUUAAAUACUGUAAAAGGGAUUCAGUUUAGAAGGUUAAUAUGUCAGUUUGUCCAGAUAUAUCCCAUCAAAGAAAACCUAGUGGCAGCAAUAAAUCUUCUGAAAGGACUUCUUAUAUUUAAGUACCUUUAAAACAUCUAAAUAAUUAAAAAUAUGCCCUGUUAAAAAUGGAGAUGGAUUUAGGCAAAUUAGGUAAACUCAACAUUUGAAUAGUCUCAGGUUUCAGUUGGUAGGCCUGAUGAAUUUUGGUACUUUUUCCACCCAAAACUGAUUUAGCUGGAAUUAGUACAUUGUGGCUUCUAAAUUGGAAAAGCUCAGUUAUUCAAGGUCUAAAUGUUCUCUGGUGGGGUGGUUUUUGAGAACCUUGAUCAUUUGACUUUACUGUUUCACCACUGAGAACUGCUCUGUCAGAAGUACAGAAGAAGGGCAAAACAAAUCAGGUGAGCUGGUGUUGAAGGUUGGAAGUUAAAAGUAAGGUUUCAGAAAAAUCCCCAAUCAGUUUUUGGAUUACCUGAAUUCUGUUAAAUCUCUGUUCUUUUCCUUGCCUCAGACUUACUUCUUUUGCCGUCUGGACGUGGUCACAGGGGUGUUUUACUAAGAUGCCACUUUGUAAAGUUUUUCUUCUUACUCUGUUGUGCACAUUUGUCUAACAUCUUUCUGUAGAGUAUUCAUAUAUCCUUAAUCUAAAGUAAUUUAAAAUCAGAAUGGGAGACAGUUUUAAGAUACUGUCAUUUUCAUAAUCUUAUAGGUGGAACUUUUAAUGUUUGGCUAUAAGGAGAAUGUGAAUUUGCAGGUAAAUGAAUUAUAUGGCAACCAGACAUAGCCCUCGUGUUUGGGAGAAAUAGAGCCUGAGGUAUGAAGGAAGGAAAAAAGGUACAAGGUAUAAAAAAAACUCUUAACUGCCAGUGCCAAAGGGCUAAAUUUUAAGUUUAUGAACUUUACGCCAUCUUGAAAAAAUAUUGAUUAGAGUCCAUUUAGCUUUUAUUUAACCUUGGUGCACAGGUGGUUGACUUUUUUUUAAAUGGGUCUACUCUUAAUAGAAUGCAUAAUAUUGUUUUCUAAAAUUACAUUCCAUAAUUAUCUUGUUAUUCUGUAGAAAACUGUACAGAAGGUAAGUAAAUCAGAAUAGCUUCAAUGGAAAUACAAUUUAAAUUUUUUUUAAAUUUUGAAUAAAUUUACUUCCAUUGCGGUAAAAGAAACAGGUGGUAUAUUUCAGCAAAAGGAAGCUAUUCUCUGGUUAUUAACUUUGUCAGUGUUGUUAUUUUUACUCUUAAACAGUUUCUUCCUUGCUGUGAUAAAAAUAUACAUUUACUGUUUCUGAUCAUGACCAAGUCUGUAUUACUUGUCAAAUUUAGAUCUUAAGUUGUCAUGGCUUUUGUGAACAGUUAUUCUUUGAUUAAUAUGGUGAGCAUGGAUGCCAAAAUUAUUUUUUAAUUAGGUUCAUUUUAUUUAAACUAUUUCUGAUAUUUGUGACAAGCCAAAUCAGCCUUUUAGAAGGUGCUACUGCUAACUGUGGAGUAACUGGCAACAAGGAAGCCCCCAACCCCCCCCCCCUUUUUUUUUCUAAUGGUUGGCUUUUACUGGGAAAAGGUAUUUAAAAAAAUAACAGAAUUUAUAGCCUCCUCUGUGUCCAUGAUUAGGACUGGAUUGUCAGAAUUUUCUUUUGUUAAAGGAAGUAAAAGAAAAAUCGCUACUACUGAAUUCAUUAAAUACUACUCUGAAGAUUCAUUCCUUAAUGCUUAGAAUUUUGAUGUUUCAAGACUAGAUCGGUGGAAGUGCUAAAUCUGCAUUUAAAAAAGCUAAAAUACUUAAUUUCGCACUUUACGGUUUAAGUUUUACUCUUCCUAAAUUAGGGAUAACCAGAUAAGCCCUGAACAAUAUUUUGUUUAUACAAUCCUGUUGAUGGAUAUAAUUUAUGUUUUUUAAAAGUCUUUAUUUUUCAUCCCUGUUAAAGCUGUGUAAAUCUUUUUCAAAUGCAAUUUUAAAAGUUUUGUUUUUCUAACAAAAUUCUCCCAAAAAACUGCAUUUCUGAUGGUGAUAAAUAUUGUUACUGUGUACUUAUGUAUUCCCUAUAUCUGAACACUUGUUGCUGCCUCACAAGAAAAUAGAACUUUUAUGUUAAAAAUAAAGUCUGUUCUUCUUGAGAG